AUGCAACCGCCUCUCCCAUCCCUCACGAAGACAUGGCACAACGACACCUACGCUGCCAUUUCCCCCACACGUCCUGAGCUCAGUGCCGCUGGAAAGACAGUGAUCAUAACUGGUGGUGGCAGCGGCAUCGGCCGCGCAACAGCCCACUCAUUUGCCCGCGCCGGCGCAAAGAGAAUAAUCCUACUAGGCCGGACAGAGUCAAAGCUGCGCGAGACCGAGCAACAGCUGUCGUCUGUCGCCUCUGAGGUGGCGGUGGAAGUAUACCCGACCAGCGUGACAGACGAGACCACCCUCCGAACCAUCGCAAAGCAAGUGGGAACAUGGGACAUCCUCAUCCUGGGCGCUGGGUACGCUCCUGCCCCGGUAAACAUCCAGGAUGCAGAUGUCGAUGAGUGGUGGGGUGUCUUCGAGGCGCGCCCGAUGGUGACAUCCAAGUCAUUCCUCCCUACCGCAAACCACAAGCAUUCCGCCAUAAUCUCGCUCACGAGCGGACCCCUUGUCCUCCCGCCCGCCGCAAUGCCCGGCCUCUCCUCGUACUUUGCGUCGAAGCUAGCCGGUAUCAAAGUCCUUGAGUUUAUCGGCGCUUCGAACCCGAAUGUCUUCACGGCGAGUCUGCAUCCUGGCUGCGUGGAGACGGAGAAUUUCCAUAGGUCUGGAGCGACAAGAGAGACGGUUCCUGUUGAUACGCCGGAGCUCUCCGCAGACUUCACUGUCUGGCUCGCGAGUCGCGAGGCAUCAUUCCUGAAUGGGCGCCAGGUGUGGGUGAAUUGGGAUGUGGAGGAGCUGAAGGGGAAAACGGAGGAGAUUCAGUCCGGACUGCUGCUGACGGCGGGUGUUUACGGGUGGCCGUAUGCGCCAUAA